UCUCAACCUGUCUUACCAACUCGCAUCUAGAAGCUCUCUCUCUCUCUCUUACUUAUAUGCAAAAGCUUAUGUGAAGGGGCCGGCCCUCAUGCUUAAGAAUUCUUCAUAAAGGCUAGAUUUUCGUUUAUCCACAGUCUAAUACUGACACCACAACCCAUCUCAAAAAACCAAAAAGGGAAAGAAUAAGCAAAAAUUAUUUAUUACACCUAGCUAGCUCUGUUGAGGAAGAAGUUUUUCACUUAUUUCUAGUCAAUGGGAAGGUCUCCUUGCUGUGAGAAAGCUCAUACAAACAAAGGAGCAUGGACUAAGGAAGAAGACGAUCGUCUUAUUGCAUAUAUUCGGGCUCACGGUGAAGGCUGCUGGCGGUCACUGCCCAAGGCUGCCGGCCUUCUUCGUUGUGGCAAAAGUUGUCGUCUUCGGUGGAUAAAUUACUUGAGGCCUGACCUCAAACGUGGAAACUUCUCCGAGGAAGAAGAUGAACUUAUUAUCAAAUUCCAUAGCCUUCUUGGUAACAAAUGGUCCCUUAUAGCAGGUAGAUUACCAGGGAGAACAGACAAUGAGAUAAAGAAUUAUUGGAAUACUCAUAUAAGAAGGAAACUUUUGAGCAGAGGUAUUGAUCCAACAACUCACAGGCCAAUCAAUGAACCAGCACAAGAAACUACAACAAUUUCUUUUGUUGCUGCAAACACUGUUAAAGAAGAAGAAGAAGAAGAAGCAGAACACAAAAUCACUGCUGGGAUUUCCAACAAAGAAGAAAUUAUCCCGGAUUUGAAUCUUGAGCUUAGAAUCAGCCCUCCUUGUCAACAACCACAGACUGAGCCAUUGAAGACAGGUGGAAGAAUUUGCACCGUAUGUUUUGCCUGCCGUGAAAAUCAGUGCAGUUGUGUUAUUAAUGGUAGCAGCAGCAGUAAUGGUGGAUAUGACUUAUUAAGGUUAAAGGCUGGUGUUUCUGACUAUAGAAGCUUGGAGAUGAAAUGAAUUUGAUUUGGAUUCAGUUAUGUAAUAUUGAAAAAAAAAAA